AUGUGCACCAAAGCCCAGUAUACAGACGGAUACGGAUUUAUAAACACGUGCUUGAAGUCUUUGGUCAUUGAAAAAUUCGGAGAGGAGACGUGGGAAAAACUCAGACGGGAGGCCGGGGUUCAAGACACCUUCAUGACGUUUGAGGUCUACGGAGAUGACAUCACCAUGCGGCUGCUGGCGGAGGCGUGCAGGCUGCUGGAUGUUGAGCCAGAUGUGGUGCUAAGGCAGUUUGGGGAAUACUUCUUUGAGUUCUGUAAGCGAUCCGGGUAUGACCACAUGCUGCGGACACUAGGGGGGAACCUGUAUGAGUUCAUAGAAAACCUGGACGCUCUACACAGCUACCUCUCUCUGUCCUACAAGGAGAUGAAUGCCCCUUCGUUUCGUGUGGAGAAGAACAGCAAUGGGACCAUGGUGCUCCACUACUACUCCAUCAGACGGGGCCUCUGCCAUAUCGUCCCUGGUAUCAUUGGCGCUGUAGCGAAGGACUUCUUCAGAAUCCAGAUAAAGAUGGAGAUCCUGGAGCAGAGGGAGGAGGCCGAGUGGAUGAGGAAGAAGGAGCACAUCGUGUUCCUCGUCAGCCAGGAGCCACUCGGCUCAAAGAGCAAGAGCAAACUGUCCCUGACUAAACCAAUCAGGUACUGCUCCGUUUACCUGGGUCCCAGGGGGAGGAGCCACUGGGAGAUGGUGCGGGGAUUGGUCCAUCUGGGAAAGGGGAAACUCCUGAGAGGCUUUGAGCCAGUUUACCCAGAAUCCCUCUGCAUCGAUUUACAGACGUUCUGCAACACCUUCCCCUACCACCUGGUGUUCGAUCAGGAGCUGCGGGUGAGGCAGGCUGGGGUGAACAUCCAGAGGAUCGUGCCGGGGCUCCAGACCAGGCAGAUCCGGCUGGACCAGUACUUCAGCAUCCUGCAGCCCGAGGUGCCCUUCACCAUCCCCAGCAUCCGCACCUUCAUCAACAGCCACUUUGUGCUGCAAACCCGCCGAGGCAACAUGCCCCAGGAGUGGAGAGACAGGCCCAUGCUGGAGCUCAGAGGGCAGAUGGUGUGGAUGUCCCGGCUGCAGUGCAUGCUGUACCAGGCGUCCCCUCUCUUGCGCAGCCUGCAGGAGCUGGAGGAGAGGCGCAUGCACAUUUCGGACAUCGCCCCACAUGAUGUCACACGUGACCUCAUCCUGCUCAACCAGCAGCGAUUGGCCGAGAUGGAGCUGUCCAAUCAGCUGGAGCGUAAGAAGGAGGAACUGCGGCACCUGUCCCAGCACCUGGAGCAGGAGAAGCACAAGACCGAUGCCCUGCUCUACGCCAUGCUGCCCAAGCACGUGGCCAACCAACUGAAGGAGGGCAAGAGGGUGGAGGCAGGAGAGUUUAAGGAGUGCACGAUUCUCUUCAGCGAUGUGGUGACAUUCACCAACAUCUGCUCUGAGUGCGAGCCCAUCCAGAUCGUGUUCAUGCUCAACUCCAUGUAUCUGAAGUUCGACCGGCUGACCACUGUGCACAACGUCUACAAGGUAGAGACAAUUGGAGACGCCUACAUGGUUGUGGGUGGAGUUCCGCUCCCAGUCUCCAGCCACGCAGAGAGAGUGGCCAACUUUGCCCUAGGCAUGAUCACUGCUGCCAGGGACGUCACCAACCCAAUCACAUCACAGCCCAUACAGAUCCGGGUCGGGAUGCAUUCUGGGCCGGUUCUGGCGGGGGUGGUGGGCGAGAAGAUGCCGCGGUACUGUUUGUUUGGAGAUACAGUGAACACAGCGUCCCGCAUGGAGAGCCAUGGCCUGCCCAACAGGAUCCACCUCAGCCCCAGUGUCUACCAGGCUCUCAGAGGGAAGGGGUUCUGGCUUAAGGCUCGAGGGGAGAUGGAGGUGAAGGGUAAGGGGAAGAUGCACACCUACUUCCUGGAAGCAAACCUUCGAGCCACGGAUGAGCAGAUCAUGGGCUGGUCCAAUAGGAAGCCAGACUCUGGCCAUGAGUCGGUCCAAUCAGGGCCCAGCCCCAGGGCCCACAGGGCCCUCUACAAACCCAGGACUCAAGCAGCCAGGCACUGUGGUGCGGCCGUGCCCAUGAAGUACGGAGACAGCCUGACAGAGCCCCCCCCAGACCUGGGGCCGGAACCCCAACCUCCAGCCCCAAGUCUGGCAGGUAACCCACGCGACUCUGAGAGCUAUGGGAGUCUCCAGAGUGCCGAUAACUCGUCAGAGAGGAACCCGUCAGAGAAGAACCCGUCAGAGAGGAAGCCGUCAGAGAGGAAGCCGUCAGAGAGGAAGCCGUCAGUGAAGAACCCGUCAGAGAAGAACCCGUCAGAGAAGAACCCGUCAGUGAAGAACCCUGCAGAGGUGAACCCGUCGGAGGAGAACCUGGAAGGAGGGACCGCUUCACCAGCCAAAGCCAGGGAGCCCCUCAGGGAGCCCCCCAGGACCAGACUGUGUGUGGUGCUCUGA